AGUGCUGUUCCUCUUUAUUCUAAAAAAGUUUCUCCUUUGUACAGUUUACACCACUCAAAACACACAACCAUCACAAACAAAACCACAAUCGUCCAAAUUAAGCUCUUCUUCAAAAUUUAAUGCCUUAUCAUUAGCUCUCUCAAACUUUACCCUAAAAAAGAGUACCAAAACCCAUUUCAUCAAUCUCUUCAAUCCCACUAAAGCUUCGAUCUUUAUGGCUACCAAGAAUCAGAACAGCACAAAUCAAACUCUUCUUUUAGGCCGUUACGAGAUCGGCAAACUUCUCGGGCAUGGGACUUUUGCAAAAGUUUAUCACGCCCGUAAUGUCAAAACAAAUGAAAGUGUAGCAAUCAAAGUUAUUGACAAAGAAAAGAUUCUUAAAGGCGGUUUAAUCGCUCACAUCAAACGUGAAAUCUCAAUUCUUCGCCGUGUUAGACACCCAAAUAUAGUUCAACUUUUUGAGGUUAUGGCAACAAAAGCAAAGAUCUAUUUUGUUAUGGAAUAUGUUCGUGGUGGUGAAUUGUUCAAUAAAGUUGCAAAAGGCAGAUUAAAAGAAGAAGUCGCGAGAAAAUAUUUUCAGCAAUUAAUAUCUGCGGUUGCUUUCUGUCAUGCUAGAGGUGUGUUUCAUCGUGAUCUUAAACCUGAAAAUUUGCUUCUUGAUGAGAAUGGUGAUUUAAAAGUUUCUGAUUUUGGACUUAGUGCUGUCUCUGAUCAGAUUAGACAAGAUGGUUUGUUUCAUACUUUUUGUGGUACUCCUGCAUAUGUUGCCCCUGAAGUUCUUGCAAGAAAAGGGUAUGAUGCUGCUAAAGUUGAUAUUUGGUCUUGUGGGGUUAUUUUGUUUGUUUUAAUGGCUGGUUAUUUGCCUUUUCAUGAUCAGAAUGUUAUGGUUAUGUAUAAAAAGAUAUACAAGGGUGAGUUUAGAUGUCCUAGAUGGUUUUCGCAGGAGCUUAUUAGGCUUUUAUCAAAGCUUCUCGAUACAAACCCUGAAACUAGGAUUACUAUCCCUGUGAUUAUGGAUAAUAAGUGGUUUAAAAAAGGGUUUAAGCAUAUUAAAUUUUAUAUUGAGGAUGAUAAAGUCUUUAGCUUUGAGGAUGAUGUACAAGGACAACAACAGCAAGAUGAUGCUGGUUCUUCUUCUGAUCAAUCUCAGUCUGAAUCAGAAUCUGAAUGGGAAACUAGGAGAAGGAUUAACACAUCAUUGCCUAGACCUGCUAGUUUAAACGCCUUUGAUAUUAUAUCUUUCUCACCUGGGUUUGAUUUGUCUGGGUUGUUUGAGGAAGGUGGAGAAGGAGCUAGAUUUGUUUCAGGUGCUCCUGUAUCUAAGAUCAUUUCCAAAUUGGAGGAAAUUGCUAAAGUUGUAAGCUUUGCAGUGAGGAAAAAGGAUUGUAGAGUCAGUUUGGAAGGGUCUAGGGAAGGUGUGAGGGGUCCAUUGACAAUUGCAGCUGAGAUAUUCGAGUUAACACCGAAAUUGGUGGUGGUGGAGGUUAAGAAGAAAGGAGGUGAUAAAGGGGAGUACGAGGAGUUCUGUAACAACGAAUUAAAACCUGGAUUGCAAAAAUUGAUGCAGGAAGAAUCUGAAGCUGCUAUUGCUGCUUCUUCGCAUGUAACAGUGGAUUCUUCACAUGUAAUAGUGGAUUCUUCACAUGUAUUAGUGGAUUCUUCACAUAUAUCGCUUGAUUCCUCACAGCUAUCUACUGAACCUUUAGCAAUCGAUCCUGCACAUUUACCAUCAGAUACUGAAUAGAGAGAGAGAGAGAGAGAAGAAAAGGUUUUGCAGCAUGAAAUGCUAAGGAACAACUAUUGUCUGCCAACUAGAUAGAAAAGCUUCGACUGUUUUUCACUUCCUAAAAUUGCUUAAAUGAUGGUCCAACCAGUUUGUAUGGGAUCCCCGGUUGCUUAUGUAUAUAUAAAUAUUGUGAAUACAGAGGUGAAGCCUUGAUGUAGGAUUGUUUUACCUACAAAGUCACUGAAAGAUUGGCUUCUCUUUUCGUUUGUAUUUAA